AUGGCGGGCAAAUCGAAAGCACGGACUAUCAUUGUCCGGAUGAUCUCUACGGCCAAGACUGGCUACUUUUAUUCGACACAGCGUCUGCGCAUUGGGCCCAAACUCGCCGCUGUCAAGUAUGACCCGAGAGGCAAGUGCCUCAUUCUGUCAGCUGUCAAUCACCUCCUGAAUAUGCGUGUUUACCAGUGA